ACGGCGUGGAAGGGAAAACUUGCCUCCUUCAGAAGCUGUUGUGAAAAUCCAGACUCCCGUUCACUUUUAGAAUUUCGACAGUUUUCAUGAAUUCGGCGUAGACCAAAAAAUGCGUGGUUGCUUAUUAACAUAUCGCAGUGGUAUAAUGCGUUUACUUCGUUUAAAUUAAUAUUGCGGGGGGUGUCGUUAACUCGAUAUGUACGAAAUUUGACGAGGGCAUUGAACGCAACCUCUAAAGUUGAACCUGUCAACAAACUCGACAAGAAAAGUAGUCCCUCCUCGUCUAGCAUUCCUUGAGGUUCUUUAACUCGUGUUUCCGCUUUAAAAUGUGACACAACCGCUUCGUGGAGAAAGACGAAGAGUCCCGUGUUUUUAAUUAUUAUUAUUAUUUAUUUUUAUAAAUCAUGUCUGCUCUGGAGAGACCCUGGUCCGAGCUGACCGUGUUGGACGUGUACGACAUCGCGGCGGCCCUGGCGCAGGAGUUCGAACGCACCAUCGAGCGCUUCGGCUGCGAGGCGCUGGCCGGCGUGGUCCCAAAGGUGGUCCGAGUGCUGGAGCUCCUGGAGACGCUGGUGGGCCGCGAAGGCGGGCAUGAGGCCGACGAGCUGCGGCGGGAGCUACUCCGACUGCGGCAGGAGCGCAGCGACAGGACCGCGCAAGAGAAGAAGCACCACCAGGAGUUGGAGGAGGUGGAGGAGGUGUGGAGAGCAGAGGUUGACGAGCUUCUCUCACAGGUGGCUCGGCUGCAGGCGGAGAACAAAAAACUGCUGGCAAACCGAUCACUCAGCCAAGCUCCUGUCGCAGACCAAGACCCGCACCAGCAAGAGGAGGAAACCCCGGAGAAGGAAAAGCAUGUGAUGACCAGGCUGAACAAGUUGCUGGAGAAGCUGAGGGACGAAAUCCGGGCUAAAGACCACGAGUUGACGCUGAAAAACGAUGACAUUGAGGCGCUCCAGAUGCAGCAGCACCGCCUGAUCCGGAUCAAUCAGGAUCUCCGUCACAGGCUGGGCACGACGGAGGCGCACGGCAAGGCGGCCAUGCGGCGGCGGGCCGAGCUGGAGGCGGCGGCGCAGGCCCGUCGGCGUGAAACGGACGCCCUGCGGCACGAGUUGAGGUGCCUGAGGAAGGAGCGGCAGGAGUGGGAACUGGAGAGGGAGGUGGCCAAGAUGGAGGAGAGCUUCCCAUCCAUGUCCCGGUCCAAGGUGUCUCCACAGGCGUCCAACUGCGUCAAGGCGGACUCUGUGUGGGUGGAGUGCGGAGGAGAUCCCGACUAUUUGGAAAACAUUCCCAACUUCCUCUGCAACUCAGCGAACGGAGAUGUGAACAUAAGUCAGCAGGACACAGACAAAUCUGCAUUUGUACUGGAGGAAGCAGAGUCAGACGCUCCUCAGUUUACCCUGCAGGAGCUCCGUCAUGUCCUGCAGGAGCGAAACCAACUUAAGGCUCAAGUGUUCCUCCUGGAGGACGAGCUAGCCUAUUUCAAAAGUGAAGACUUUGAGGAGGAUGUCAGCUGCCUCCUUGGUACUUCAUCGUCAUGUCCAUCGCCACCACCGUCAUGCAACGCCUCCUCAGAUCAGCCAGAAUCUGGAAUACGACGCCUGAUCUUCACCGCUAUCAUGCCCAUGGUCGCUGCCGGUUUAAUCGGGGACGACCCGACAUUGUUGCCAAUCAGACGCCUUGUUUCAUCUGUAUGACUUUUUAAAUUACACUACUCACAAAAAGUUAGGGUCUUGGGCUUUAUCCAAUACUUUUUAGUCGUUUUGAUUUUUAAAUACCUGCCAAUGGGUAAAAAUGCGCCCACAGAUUAAAAAUGUCAAAAAGCCUUUAAAACUUUACUUUUUAGCAGUUAAUUUAUUCAAUGGAAGACACGACUUGUUACCUAUUUGUUACAAAUAUUAUAUUUAUAUUUGAGCCACUGAGAACUACAGUAAGCCAACUCCAUGUUUAUUGUUUUACAGGAGAGUGAUUUAAAAAUGUAUGGCUGCAAUAAAAUCUGAGGAAUUUUAAUCUAUUACUUCUGGAUACUUGUUUUUACCAAAAUUGUUUUCCUCAGAUUUUUGUUUAUUCCAAACUUCCUUCAAAUGUAUCAGUAUUUCACAAAAGAUAAUGAAUAACACUCACAAAUUACUAACGUAGAGAUAAAGUAGCACCCCAGCUAAAGCACUAUUUGCUUUCUGAGUCUUCUAUCAAUCUCCGAACCUUACUUUCUGGGAUGUUGGCCCAGUGUUGCACUGAUGAAUCAGAAAAUGAAUCACACUCACAUUCACACCAAUUGAGAGUCCUCAAUUUUAACCUGCCAUGCAUGUUUUGGGGAUGUGGGAGGAAACCGGAGUACCCGGAGAAAACCCACACAAGCACACUCAGAACUGUGCUGACCAGUUGUACACUGUGCCGCAGCAACCAAAAUAUUAUAUGACACAAUUAACAAGCAACAAUGUAAAAGUGAAGCCAAUUUGACACAUUUCUGUCAAAAAUACACAAUCACGAAAUC